CCGACGUGUGAGCGUGAAACUUUACGCGCACUUUUCCGUGAGUUUAAACCUCGUUUGGCCGUAAGUGAUACUCCGGCAUACCACAGUAAAUUGACAUCAGCUGGCUUGGAAUUAGUUCAACAGUCUAGAGCUGAAUAGCUUUUAAUUCUCACAAGACGGGACAUAUUCUUACUUCGUUACCUUUGAGGAGUUUAUUCGAUAUUAAAAAUGCAGGGCAGUAACAAACAAGGCUACCAGGUACCAGUUGGUUUUCAGAUGGAAAGCCGUGGACCACUCAGGGAAGCUCCUCCGAACGAUUACCGCGUUCUGGCCAUUGUGUCGAUAUUCUUCUGUCCACUGCUUGGCCUCUUGGCACUUGUCAUGUCAUUUCUGACUAAUCAGCGCUAUGAAGAAGAUGACCUCAAAAGAGCUGUGGACGCAUCCAGAGAUACAAAAUUUUCAGCAAUUCUUGCCAUUGGUUUUGGAAUUGCCAUCGCACUCUUUUUUAUUUUCAUUGUGUUAAUCGUGCCAACAUUUGCCUAGAAAUAGCCUUGGCACAUAUAUUGGUCUCCUCUAGCAAAAAAGUAAUUUACUCAGGAGGUAAAAACAGUCAUAACAGUAAAUCGCCUUAGGUAAAGUAAAGCACUCAUUGUUGGCUCAGCAACAACGGUGCAUUUUAAAGUGCUCACGUGCAUAUUAUAGCUACUUUUUUCUCAGGAGAGUACUUCAUUUCAUAGAAAGCACCGGCGAAAGAUAUUACAUAAAUGUCAAUCAGAAAAUGUAGACAGUACAACAUUUUGAAGCUGUGCGGAAACGAUCGGCAUGGGUACUCAUAUUUUACUGUAUCUGUAGAAUAACACACAUUUCAUUUGCCAUCUUCGAUUAUGCACCCCCGUGCAAUCAUGAAAUUCAAAAUAUAAUCCCACCCCUGUCCUGAAAAAGCCGCCAGCAUGCGUGAAUGAAUGAAUGUAUGUAGUAAGAGAGGACGGUAUUACUCCAGUUUUUUUAUUCUGGGAAAACAAAAACAUUGAAUAUGAAUCAAAUAGAUUCAAUCAUUGUGGAGAUUGACAAGGAGAUCAUAUUUGUAUAGUUAAAAAUAUGAGUACCGGGCGCUUAAUCGAAGAAGUACGAAUUACCGAAAAAUUAUACGUAAUCAGUUUUUAAGUACGUAGAACUUUGUUAUUCUGCGUUCAGUUUGCCUCAAUAACAACCUGACUAUAGUUCUAAGAGUGGAUUGUGCAAUCAGUUUUUCUUAUCCCUGUAUACAUUUGUAAGAAAUGUACCACUCCUCAGUUUAAAUAAGUAAAAUUAAAUGAGCAUGGGAAUGAAAGCUACGUGGUGUAUAAACCAGUAUUGUGCAAAUAAAUCGUUGUGUAAUCGUUGUAAGAAACAUCAAAAACAAAGCUAACAUUUCUUACAUGUAUAAAGAUCUUUUGCUCCGAUCCAUCAGAACAUAAAAAUUUAUAGUGUAAUUCGAUUGCGUUUUUUACACGAGCUUCUGGCAUACAUGAGUGCAAACUCGCCCCUUGUAUUGACAUUAAUAAUAAAAUUGAUUGUAUUGUAUUGUAUUUUUGGAGGGACUAAAUUGAAGAGCAAACUUUGACAUGCAACCGAAUACAGAAGGGCAAAUAAAUUUCGUUAAGUUUA